AUGGCGGCGUUUGCGCAAGACGCGGCGGCGUCAGUCGCGGCGGCGGGUGUGGCCCCAUCUACCGGGGCAGAGGCCAUUCAACCCGCGCGUCGGUUCUCCAAGGCGCCUGACUACUCGCUCAUCACGCCCAUCCUCUACGCGCCGCUCUUCCCACUAAUACGCAUCACGCUGCGCCACAAGCCCAAGCUGAGGGACCGUCUCUUCGUGACUGCUGUGGCCAGCGCGUUCCUGCACGGCGCAUACAUGAACUACCGAUUCUAUAAUGCAGAGAGUUACCAGCAAUCACAAAGAACCUGA